AUGGAAAAGACACGAGACGAUACUCACGAUGAAGAACAGCCUACCGAUAAGGUCCAAAGGGAGUCGAGUGACGGGAUAUCAGAGCUCGUCAGCACAGAAAAAGGUGCGUCUAUAGGCUUCGAAGAUGACAACGAGAACAAUCAGGAAGUGAUUGAUCUAGCCUUACCAACCCGAUCCUUGAGCGAAGAGCCGUCAAGUGGAAGGACCGGCUCUUCUAGACUCGACUUCAGAGAUCGUAUCUCGUCUACAUCUUCUGAGCCCGACAAAGCACCUACUCGCACGAGAAAGAGACGCUUUGAGCUGUUCGCAUCCAGUACAAACCCCAUUGUCGAGCCUGAACUCAGCGAAUUGAGUGACGGUACACGUCCACGCAGGCUGCGUGACCUUGUCCAAAAGAGACGCAGAGAGAAGGAAGAGCGGGACGCUGCAAGAAAAAAGGCCAGAUAUAAUCUACGCCCACGUCAACAGCAAGAAAGCUACAGCAAGGAUCCCCUCUCCUCUAGAGGCAAUGUUUCGGCUGUCAAUCUCGCGUCCGAGGUUGACAGUGAGACUGAAGAGGCACAGGCGCGCCGAAUUACGAGGUCCAUGACAUCCAGACAGUCAGUAAAGAGGCCGAUUCCACGUUUCAAAGCGGCCAGAAAGUCCGCAUGGCCAUUGAUUCCCAAGGAUGAUACCUAUAGAAGAAGGUCUCCUCGUCAGAUCGUUCAAGUUGUCGUUCCUAAAAUCAUCGACAGAUCUACUUGGGGGUCCCUNCCGUCAUCGGCUUCUUCGCGUCAGAUUGAGCGCAGACANAUCACCAGGUAUGAAAAAGAUCCGGCCACAUUAUUGGAAAGUGAAAAGCAGACGGAGCCAGCUCUUGCAGGCAAAGGCAUGAAACGCAUGGAUCCGAGUAACGACGACAAGGAAAAGAAGCAGGAACUGCCAUUCGUUCUGAUCGAGUGA